AACCCACCCCAAGUUAAUCUUUGCCCGCAUUUCUCCUCCGUUCUUUAGUGACUUCAAUCUUGAGGAUUACGACUACUUGCCAGUCUCUUCUGAAAUCAAAGAAGUCUUUGAGUACAUCAAGAGGUACAUUCCCAAAAAUAUUGAGAUCAAGUGCAAGCUGCAGCCCUUUAUUCCAGACUUUAUCCCUGCGGUCGGAGACAUCGACGCCUUCCUAAAGGUGCCUCGUCCCGACGGGAAGCCCGAUAACCUCGGCCUGCUGGUCCUGGACGAGCCGUCGACCAAGCAGUCGGAUCCCACUGUGCUCUCCCUGUGGCUGACAGAGAACUCCAAGCAGCACAACGUCACCCAGCAGAUCAAAGUGAAGAGUUUGGAGAAUGCAGAGAAGAACCCCAAAGCCAUCGAGAGCUGGAUUGAAAGCAUCAGUGAACUGCACCGCUGCAAACCUCCCGCCACGGUCCACUACAGCAGGCCCAUGCCCGACGUCGAGACCCUCAUGCAGGAAUGGUCACCGGAAUUUGAGGAGCUCUUGGGCAAGGUGGGCCUCCCGACUGCGGAGAUGAGCUGCGACCUGGCUGAGUACAUCGACAUGAUAUGUGCCAUCCUGGACAUCCCCGUGUACAAGAGUCGCAUCCAGCCCCUGCACCUCCUCUUCUCCCUCUACUCGGAGUUCAAGAACUCGCAGCAUUUCAAGCCCCUGGCCGAUGGGAAGAAGGAGCCACCGUCCAACCCACCUUCACGAGCGGCAGAUGCGGAAGCGUUAAGCUUCACUUGA